AUGGACGAAACGACGAUCGACUCGAUCUUCUCGGGAUCGUUGAAAUCCCUACCAGCGGUCAGCUCUAAAAUUGUGCGAAUUUUUACGAGUUCGACCUUCACCGACACAACGAUGGAGAGGAACACUCUCAUGGCUCAAUGUUACCCCAAACUUAAGGAUUAUUGCAGAGAGAAGCAUGGAUUAGAGUUUCAGGUAGUCGAUAUGAGAUGGGGUGUGCGCGACGAAGCUACUGAUGAUCACAUGACUACGGAGCUGUGCAUGAGAGAAAUAGAAAAUUGUCAGAGACUGUCCAUGGGGCCUAAUUUUGUUGUGUUCCUCGGGCAAAAAUACGGAUACCGUCCGAUACCGACUUACGUCCUUAGUUCGGAACUGGAAAUGUUGAGAACAGAAUUAGAUAACCAAGGGAUGGACGUUACUGUUUUGGACAAAUGGUACAAGAAGGAUAGUAAUGCUGUGCCGCCUACCAGUAUACUACAACCGAUCUCGUCCAUCCUUAAGAAUUUCAACAAUAAAAGAAUACCCAAGCUGCAACAAGAGGAUCAAGCAAUAUGGUGGGAUACCAUGUUGAAAAUGCAAAAAUUAUUUAGAAAGGGAGCGCAAUCCUUGUUUAAUACCGGCAAAUUCGACAAGGACACUAUGCAUAAUUACUUUAUGUCGGUGACUGAGAGGGAGGUGAUCAAUGGGGUGCUGAACGUUAAAAACACGAAGAACCACUGUCUAGCUUACGUGCGAUACAUAAAUAACAUAAACCUGCAAAACCUGAGGAAGGCUGGUCUGUUUUUGGACAUAGCUAAUAGAAGUUUGGACAACGAAGCUUCGAAAUUAUUGGCGGAUCUAAGAGAUGAGAGACUGCCAAAUAAAAUUGAAAGUACAAACUUGCAGAGAUACACCGUGGAAUGGAUCGGAAGAGAGGGCUUGGAUCCUGAAACCCACAGCGAGUAUCUGCAGCACUUUAUAACUCACUUUUACAGAAACAUAGUAAAGCUUGUGGAUCGUGCCAUGAGGAAGGAAGACAGUUCUGCGCAGGGUCAGAUAAUAACCGAGAUUUUGCAACAUCUUCAUGCUUGCAAUAAUUCCGUAAAGGUAUUUUAUGGACGCGAAGAUACCUUAGAGAAGAUAAAAAACUACAUGCUGGACGACGGCGAUAAGCCGUUGGUAUUGUACGGAGAGGGUGGUUGCGGCAAGACUUCACUAUUAGCAAAGAGCGCAGGUUUGACCAGCAGCAGCUGGCUCAUGGGCAAGAAACCGAUCAGUAUAAUUCGCUUUCUCGGUACUACCCCCGACAGCAGUGCGCUCACCCCUACAUUGAUCUCGAUCUGUCAACAGAUCUCGUACAAUUACGGAUUAUCGUUUGAAGAAAUCCCUGACGACCUGGUACCACUCACAGCUUAUUUCAAGUACUUGUUGACUCUAGCUAAUACCGAGCAGCCCAUUCUACUAUUCCUAGACAGUGUCGAUCAGUUGACAGGUGUGCAGGGUAACAAGUUGUCCUGGCUACCCACGAGACUUCCACCGAACUGCAAGAUGAUUUUAUCGUGCGCAGCGGAGGAAUCUAAUCCGGUAAUUUCAAAGGACUAUCAGUUGCUACGCAGGAUGAUAGACACUGAAGAAAGCUUUAUCGAAGUGACUGCUCUAGGCGAAGACCUAGCUAUGGAUGUGAUAAGAAUGUGGAUGAAAACAGCUAAGAGGGACCUGAACAACUAUCAAUGGCGCUUGGUGGCGAACGCGAUAUCGAAGUGUUCCCUGCCAAUUUUUGUAAAGCUCGUGUUUGCGGAGAUCUGCAGGUGGCGUAGUUACACAAAACCGGCGGACACACACUUGGCCAGCACGGUGAUGGACAGCAUAAUGAUGCUGUUCGAGAGGAUCGAAAAGCAACAUGGCAAGAUCCUAGUUUUCCACGCGCUGGCCUACAUCACGGCCGCCAAGUCGGGCUUAUCGGAGUCCGAGCUUGAGGACUUGAUUUCCUUGGACGAUAAAGUUCUGGACGACGUCUAUCAGUAUCAUUUACCACCAGUGAGACGUAUCCCUCCUCUGCUCUGGACCAGAAUAAGAAACGACCUGCCUAAUUAUCUCAGCGAGAGGGAAGCGGACGGAGUGAGCGUGUUGAACUGGUACCACAGACAAUUUAGGGACACCGCCAAAGAGCGAUACUUCAAAAACAUGAAUAUGGCGAUGUACUUUCACUCGAUGAUUGCAGACUAUUAUCUCGGGAUUUGGGGUGGCGGCAAACCAAAGCCCUUCAAGUAUACUGAGAUACAGAGACAUCGAUUCAAUUUGACAGACAAGGAAGGUAUAGCAGACAGGAAAGUGCCGGAGCAGCCGUUGGCAUUUUAUUCGAAGGAAGGAACUAUCUCAAGAUACAAUUUGCGAAAGUUCGGAGAAUUACCGUUUCACCUGGUGAGAGCACGACGUUUUAAGGAUCUGUUUGAGAAUGUUCUGUUUAACUAUGAAUGGUUGCACGCUAAGUUGAGCUCUUGCCCUCUGCAAGCGGUACUUUCCGACUUCGAGGACGCCUGUAACUUUAUCGAUAACCAGAGUUUAGUGAGAGAACUCAUGUUAGUAGCCGAUGCUUUGAGAUUAGGCGGUGCAAUUCUGGGGAAUCAUCCAGACAUGCUUGCGCCCCAACUAAUCGGUCGACUGCUGCCAGAAAUCGGUGCAAAUGUUAAUGUGAGGAUGUUGCUCCGAGCAUGCGAUCAAGAUGGUGUCAAGAAUUGCGCGUUGCUUCCCUUAUAUCAUUGUCUACAUACACCAGGCGGACCGUUGAAAUAUUCGUUAGAAGGUCAUCAGUUCGCAGUAUUUGGAUUUUGCCUAACGUCAGAUUACCGUUACGUGGUGUCGAUAUCGAACAAAUUUAUCACCUGGGAUCUGAGCACCAGUGACAUGACGAGGGACGUGAAUCCUGGUGUGGAGGGCAUAAUGCAGCAAUUGGUCUUGAGCCCUGAUAAUAGAUACGCUGCGGCCUUUACAACCAAUUAUCAGACAGUUGUAUUGAAUACUUUGACGAGCGAAUUCGUCAUUAUCGAUAAUCCUUUACCGAGCGAAGACGCAGUAUGCGGCGUGUAUCUGAUGAAUCAGUACGCCUUUAUUUGCGGAAAGUUAGGCUGGUGUAGGUUCGAUUUGCGAGGGAACCUGCUCGACACUCACACUAACCCCGAAGAUUCAAACAAAUGGCCCAUUCUGCAUGUUGAAUAUACGAAUUUGGAUCACUACAGAAUCGUAUUCUGGUCAGGAAGUAUCGAUGAUACGCGCAUGCUUUUGCACACUUAUAGAAAGAAGAUAUCACUGGAUCCAUUCCAAUUUCACAGCGCCAUGGUUAUGACUAAGGAUAAAAGUACUUUGUACGCGUGCACGAAUAAAGACGACUACAGAAUCACGAAGUACACUAGCGACGAAACUUCGUCUUACUGGGAAAAGAUUUUCGACAUGCCCCGGGCGUACAAUGACGACGUGGAGUAUCUGUUGCAGUUAAAGUUAGACAGGGAAGAGGAGAUGCUGUUGGCGACUACCGGAAACGGCUUCAUCGUAUGGUUCUUGGAGAGUAAGAGCGAUGCGCACGUGUUGAUGUUGCCGAAUGGCGUGAGGAAUAUCAGCACGAGAAUGAUGUGCUCGAAUUCCAUCAUGGUCAGCGGCACGAAGAACUAUGCUGUCGCUGGUGUAAGGAAAAAUCUGUAUGUUUGGUCACUGGAGACUUCGGAGUUGGUGAAGAUAUUAGACGCACAUUUUGCGAGGAUCAUUCAGCUAGAGGCGUUGACUAUCGGCAAUUGGAACAGUGUUGUGACAUCGAGUAUCGACAGAAGUGUUAAGGUGUGGAAUAUCAACAAUAUUUUCGAGCAAGUUCACGUUAUUGACAGACACGAAUUGCAGAUAGACAUGAUAAGCUUAGCCGAGGAAGGCAAUUUGGCCGUCACAGUCACCAGAGAUUGCGUCGGUGUUUGGGAUUUGCAAACAGGUAGACUGAUAUCGAAGCUAGCCGACAGCCCGUUAGGGGCGAUUGUUACGCACGCUUGCAUCACACAGGACAGCAGAUACAUCGUGUCAACGGAAUCGGGCAAUGUUCUCGUGUGGAACAGAAUCACGGAGCAAGUGUUGUUCAAGGAAGAGCAGCCGAAUGUCAAGCAGUUAACGCUAAUCGAGAACUCGUCGAAGUUCAUGGCAGUUUCCAGACCGAAUAAUCCUGCAGGAGUGGAAAAUGUGCGAACCAUGGCGAUUCUCAUUAUGCGAAGUAUUCCUGAUGGUAAAACGAUUUUCUCUCUGGAGUAUCCCGUAAGAAGUAACACCGGUACACCUUUCCGGCAAGUAGUCAUAACGUCGGACGACGCGUUUCUGGCGGUGCCAGCCGCUGACAAGGGCAAUAGAGAUUGCGUUAUAAUUUACAGUGCCAAGACAGGUGCACUGGUUAGCAAAAUACCGAUAAAGUUGCCGGGAUUUAAGGAUAUUAUAUGUAUCACUCCUAUGUCCAACAAGCCGCAAUGGGUGGGAAUCAUCGGCUCUGACAAGGGUACAAUUCUUGAUAUCAAUAAGAAAAAAGUUAUACGUACAAUCCCAAAAUGGAGCGGAAAUAUUAGCAAGGAUGGCAAAUACACACUAUACGCUCCCAGCAGGGGUGGCCUUGAACUCAUAGAGUUGAAGAAAGGUACAAGCGUGAAAACAUAUAUACCGAAGGUAGCUGAAGGAGUAUUUACCGUCAUAUCAAUGUUUAAUCGCACAGACGAGUAUGUGCUUUAUUAUCAUAGCGGCCGAAAAACUAUCAGAGUCUUCAGAUCUUCAGAUUGUGAAAUGAUAUCGAAUUAUAGAGUACAAGCUGAAUUGAGUGCUAUUGACAGCACAUAUGACGGUAAAAGUAUUGUUUUGGGAACAGUCGAUGGAUGUGUAUCGGUAUUGGCUAUUGCUGACCCUAAGAAGCCUGAGAUGAAGGAGUAUCUAGCAAAUGUACCAUCUCGCGAUGAACAGUGGAAAAGAAAAACCGAGAAGCAUCGGGCUGCGAUAAAAUUUAAAGCUGCCGCCCGAAUCGCCCGUGUAACUCACGACUUAUCCGCAACCGUAAAAUUAUCAAGCGUCACGGGAACAAUCGAGGAAGCGUACAAAAGUGUGGAGUAACUUGUCUGAUUGGUUACUUCUAUUUCUUCUAGUCCAAUUUAGAUUAUCAUAGAUAACGUGGAGCAAUUUGUUUCUAGCCGGUUACUUCUAUUUUUAACCGACUUGACCCUUCAACUACUUAGACAACGUGUGAUGCAACUUAUCUAAUCGCUCACUUCUAUCUCUAAUCCAUUUCCAGUCUCAUCCUCAUCAUAGUUCCACAUACUCGAGCGUAGUGGCCUCUCCUUCAUAUGCCUAUGGUGCGCACGCUGAUUGUAUAUAGGCAUAUGUGCAUCCCAGUGUAUGCCACUGAGUAUACAUGAAAAAGAAGAAGGAACAGUUAAUAAGGAAUCAUAGAAGAAGUAACACGAGUACCGCGGUCUUAUCUGUUUGGCAAAGGCAUAAUGUCGAUUCCAUUAUCAACAUCUUACACCGACUAAUCUUUGAUAUCUUCUAGAAGAAAGGAACGAUCUGCGCAUCGAUUCAGAGGAGACUCCCUUUUUCUUCUCCAAUUUGGAGACUAUUCUUAUUGGUCUGUAUUGUGAGCUAUCGUUCGAGUACAGUUUAACGCUGAUUCCGAACGGCAAAUAUGAUUCUGAGAGAUUGUUUUCUUGGCAAGGAUACUCUCGGUGGUUUGCCAUUGCCUUUCCGAGAGGAGCACGAGUUUGUGAAAAUUUUUCGGCUCUACCGGGGAUCAAACCCGGGAUCUCUAAAGCAUGGCAGACCAGUGCGCUAUUUGCCACGUCACGCUCGCAC